GAACUGCCACCCACAUCUUCUUUUGAGGUGACUCCAACAUCAAUCUCUCAAAAUGGCUCUUCGAACUCUAUCAGCCAAAAGCGCAGCAGCGCUCGACCAAGAGCUCAUGUCAACCGGUGCAUUCUCCAUCGAUCAGCUCAUGGAACUCGCCGGUCUUUCAGUUUCACAAGCCGUCUUCAAACUCCAACCCCUCAGUAAGGGCAAGCGCAUCCUCGUAGCUUGUGGUCCGGGCAACAAUGGUGGUGAUGGCCUUGUCGCUGCUCGACACUUGUUCCACUACGGCUAUCAACCUACUAUCUACUACCCAAAGCAGAGCAAGAACGAGCUAUACCAGCGUCUCAAGAAACAACUCGAAGAUCUCAAGGUUCCCUUUACAGAAGAUUUCACCGGUGCUCUAAAGCAGACUGAUCAUAUUGUCGAUGCAAUUUUUGGCUUCAGCUUCUCAGGCGAAGUACGAGAACCUUUCCCCAAAGUCAUUGAAGUGCUGGCGUCCACUUCGGUUCCUGUUCUCGCUGUUGAUGCACCAUCGUCUUGGGACAUUGAAGAUGGACCUCGAGACUCAGGACCUGGCAAGGGUUUCAUGCCACCAGCACUAAUCAGCUUGACUGCACCGAAGCCACUGGUCAAGAAGUUUACUGGUCGCCACUUUCUUGGUGGACGAUUUUUGAGUCCGGAGAUGGCGGACAAGUACAACCUUGAUAUUCCAAAGUAUGAAGGCUUGGAUCAAGUGGUCGAGGUACCUGUUGAGGGCGGGAAACUCUAA